CUAAAUUUAAGUUUUACGAAGAAUAAGCAAAUAUUAAACUUAUUUUAUGUACAUACAUAAUCGUGCAAUAUCACAAGACAGUUGUAAAUGCCAAUCAAAUAUUUAGUUUCGACUGUAGACAGGUUUUAAGUCAAGUGUUGUUCCAGAAUAUGUAUUCUCCGCGUCAGAAAAUACUUUGGUUCGCAUUUAGCUCGAGGAUUUUUGUGCUGUUCCUUCAAGCUAUAUCCAAUGUUAUUCUACCAGAUCAUAAUGCAGAUGUAUUUGUCAGUCCUGAGGAUCCAACCUUGCGUAAAAGUAGACUAGACUUUAUAGUUGAUAUAGUUUUAGGUGGCAUGAAACGGUGGGACGCACAGUAUUUUAUACACAUAGCUCAAUACGGAUACACUUAUGAAAAUUGUUUAGCAUUUUUUCCUCUGUAUCCACUAAUUGUGAGGUAUGUUGCUUAUAUAUUGAAUAGUAUUUUAGGCUCAUUCCUGAACUUCCAUAGUUCUCUGUUAAUAUCUGCGACUCUUGUUAAUUUACUGUUUUUUAUAAAAUCUGCUGAUAUCUUGCAUAGACUAAGUAUAAGAAUACUUAAAAGUGAAAGUAGAGCAUACAAGUCUGCAAUUUUAUACUGUGUUAACCCAGCUAGUAUUUUUUUUUCAGCUCCUUAUUCUGAGCCAUCAUUUGCAUUUAUGUCUUUUUAUACAAUGUUUAAAUGUACAGAAAACGAAACAUUGAGGUUUGCUAACAUAGAUAUUACAAGUGCAUUGCCUGCUGGAUUAUCUAUGAUUUCCAGAUCUAAUGGGAUUGUUAAUUUAGGAUUUAUUUUUUAUGCUAGUUUUAAAAAUGUGAUAGAGCGUACUUUACCUGAAAUUGUGUACAAAUAUAAGACUCUUAAGCAUAGAAUAGUUCUUCCAUGUUUACUUCUACCAUUGUUUACAUCUAGUUUAGCACUGUUCAUGACUGUGAUAGUAGCCAUCAUUCCAUUUGUUUUAGUCCAAACAUACAAUUAUUUUAAAUUUUGUAUUCAUAGUGAUCACAAUUUGCCAGAAUUUUUAUCCAGUACAGAAUUCAUAUUGCCGGGAACUGCUGAAAGUCCAUGGUGUAACAGUUCACUGCCUUUGUCAUACUCAUAUGUACAAAAUCACUACUGGGAUGUUGGUUUGUUUAAGUAUUAUAAGAUAAAACAGAUACCAAAUUUUAUGCUUGCCUUUCCAAUCAUUUUCUUUAUCUUAUAUAACUGCUUCUGUUAUACAAAAAACAAUUUGAGAUUAUGUUUUAAACUUGGCUUAAAGGAAAACAUUUUCAGUUAUGGUUAUGCAAGCAAGAUAACCUAUAGACAAAAACAGUACUGUAAAUCUUUUGGGGCCAAUGAUCCUUCAUUCUUUGUAUAUGUAGUACAUGUUUUGGGUUUAACAACAUUUUGUAUUGCAUUUGUUCAUAUUCAAGUGGCAACAAGACUCCUGGCUUCUUGUAGUCCAGUUUUGUACUGGAUUUGCUCGAGUAAGAUGAAUGUUGGCCCCACACCAACUUCAGACCAAAACACCAUCAAUGAGCACUUUCGCCGCAUUGGUGUUGGUAAGAGAAUACCAUCACACCAUUUAUCCAUAGCUAAUUUAGAAGGUGUUGACAAUAUGUAUAGUAAGUGGAAAACCUUUUUAAUAUCUAGGAGAAUGCCAGACUUUCAAUCACAAAUCAUACAGUUUUAUUUUCUUGGGUACCUUGUAGUUGGUACUAUUUUGUUUUCUAAUUUUUAUCCUUGGACUUGAUUCAAUUUUAUUGGAUAGGUUGCAAGGUCAUACAUAUCACACAGGUAAUUGAAUAUUUUAAAAUAAUUUAAUAUGAUCAAUUGUUCAGACAUAUCAUUUGCAAUA